CACCAUUGCCCGAGAGCAGAAUACACGUUAUUUUGUUCCUCAAUGGCUUGUAAUAUGUCGAAAGGAACAAAACAUUUGCUAUGGCUUAAGUUAUUUUACAAAACACCACAACAAUGUUUUUUAAGGACCGCUAUUUAUGAAGAGUUUCUAGUUUCUCUUCCGCUUCCCCUCCCAGAGAGGGCGGGGUUCUCUCUUACCUGCACCGCAGCGGAGGUAAUAAUGGCGACCUAGUUGGACUACAUUGCUCGAACACCGACUUCAACCUUCUUUCUUUCCCAGUCAAAGUUAGCUCCAUCUUUUGACACUUCUUCCACUCCCGUCCUUGCACGCUACACCGCUACAACAAAGAUGACGGGGAGAAAAGACGCUGUCGAAGGUGAGCCACGUAGUCCACAGCCAUGAGCCAACCAGCCCGAUCAAAGCCAGGCCACCGAGAGAGGAAUGGCGAUCGUCGGCAGCCCCGUGAGCCACACGAUGCGGGGCGUUCGUCAGCUGACAGAGCCUCUUCCCAACACCCGUACUAUUCCAGAGAAGCCGAUCAUCCGCCCACACGUACGCAGGGUGUUGAACGUCAGGAUUCCAAAUGCACAAACGUGUGCUCCAGGAGAGGCGUGGUUCUGAUCUGCUCGGUGCUGACCAACGCCCUGGUCCUCAUCUGUGUGGUGGCCGCCCAGAUGGCAAUGUCGGGCUUGUCCGCCAUGGGCGGCCUGGGCGGCUUCGACAUCAACUCCAACUUUAACCUGCAGGGCACCGAGCUGCAGAAGGUGCGGGAACUGGACGCGCAGUUCGGCCAGAUGAGAGCGCCGGGAAUCUACGGCGGCGUGGCCUUCAGCCUGACGAUGGGCGUGGUCUCGCUCCUGUUUGUGGUCGCGGGCAACAAGCCCCCCCACCGUAUGUCCCGUAGGCUUCUUUACGGAGCGCUGGUGUUCCAGGCCGUGGGGGCCGUGGCCUACGUGGUGGCUGUUGGUCUCUAUCUGCAUUUCGUCAUGCGGGUCAACGCCACUGAUGUUUGCACGCAGCGCGAGCGGCUGUACGCACGGAACGGGUACACUUGGAUGAACUGUGACGUCAGCGGCGGGGACGCAGCCGUGGCCUUGUUUGGACUCAUCACGGCUUGCUUGUAUACCGCCGGAACGGUGCUCACCUUCCAAACCAUCCGUAGGGUAAAGCGCUACUUGCAAGAGCGUAAACGCCGUGAGGUGGAGCGAGAGCCGCCGCGCUCCCACCCGCAGAGGGCUCCACUGAGGGCCGAAACCACGUCUGUAUGAACAUGCUCCAAAUACAGUAUUGACCCGAAUAGAAGAUGGUAUUUUACGUGCCGCAAGAAUGUUUAAAGUUUAUUUUAGAAGCUUUUUGUCAAAUCUGAGCUGGUAAAAAUAGAUUAAAAUCAUAACCAAUUUGUUUAAGCUAAACAGCAUUUUGGUUUGAAGUCACAAAAGCUGCUGGAUAAUGUCUUACUUAUGUUUUUACUGCAAAGUCUUUUGUCAGGUGAUUAAAAUAUUUCAUUACCGAACAAAAGUGAACGUUAGCGUUCUGAUUAGAGAUGUCUGGUAAUAUCGGCCUGAUAAAUGCUUUAAAAUGUAAUAUCGGAAAUUAUCGGUAUCGUUUUUUGUUUUUGUUUUUUUAAUUAAAUCCACAUAAAAAACACAAGAUACACUUACAAUUAGUACACCAACCCCAAAAACCUCCCUCCCCCAUUUACACUCAUUCACACAAAAGGGUUGUUAAUUUCUGUUAUUAAUAUUCCGGUUCCUACAUUAUAUAUCAAUAUAUAUCAAUACAGUCUGCAAGGGAUACAGUCCGUAAGCGUGCUGCUGGUCCACUAAUAGUACGAACCUUUAACAGUUAAUUUGACUCAUUUUCAUUAAUUACUAGUUUCUAUGUAACUGUUUUUAUAUUGUUACCUUUUUUUAUUCAAGAAAAUGUUUUUAAUUUAUUUAUCUUAUUUUAUUGUAUUAAUUUUAAAAAAAAGGACCUUAUCUUCACCAUACCUGGUUGUCCAAAUUAGUUAAAGUUAAAGUACCGGUACCAAUGAUUGUCACACACACACUAGGUGUGGUGAAAUGCGUCCUCUGCAUUUGACUCAUCCCCUUGAUCACCCCCUGGGAGGUGAAAGGAGCAGUGGGCAGCAGCGGUGCCACGCCCGGGAAUCAUUUUUGGUGAUUUAACCCCCAAUUCCAACCCUUGAUGCUGAGUGCCAUACAGGGAGGUAAUGGGUCCCAUUUUUAUAGUCUUUGGUAUGACGCGGCCGGGGUUUGAACUCACAACCUACCGAUCUCAGGGCGGACACUCUAACCACGAGGCCACUGAGUAGGUAGUCGUAGAGUAGGCAUAAUAAUGUGUUAAUUCCACGACUGUAUAUAUAGCGGAAUCAGUUGAUAUCGGUAUCGGUAAUUAAGAGUUGGACAAUAUCGGAAUAUCGGCAAAAAGCCAUUAUCGGACAUCUCUAGUUCUGAUACCAGAUUUGAAGAUGACGGCGAGCCACAAAGCAGCGAAUCCACCAGAUGUUGCCUCACUGAUCAUAAAACCAUGAGUUUUAAAAUCGGGAUCUAGGUUUUCAUGACCAUCUUUAUUAAAGACAUCAGUCAACAUGAUGGAGUUGUCAGGAAACUUACAUGUUUU